GCAUUUCGCAUGAAGAAUAGCUAGCCGCGGGCGAAAAACUGUUUACAACUUUCUUCGACAUAUCUAUAAUUAGGUACUUCAGCUGACAGUGCUUGAUUGGGUGUGCAGUCAGUAUGUUCAUUUCGGUGGUAAUUUUUGUGGUGGUUUGCUUUUGCGGGGUGUCAGCCCAAGAUUAUAGAUGCCCCCAACGUACGGGUUUUUUUCCCGACCCUGAGCAGUGUGAUUUAUACUACGUGUGUUCGAAAGGACACGCUGAGCCUAAACUGUGUCCGGAUGGUUUGGUUUUUGAAGACACCGAUCCUAAUCACGAAAGAUGCGAUAUUCCCGCCAAUAUUGAUUGCGGUGAUCGUCAAGCACUACAACAAGCGAAACCAAGUAAAGGUUGUCCGCGCGCGAAUGGUUACUAUAGGCAUGAUAAUCCAUUAGCCUGUGACAAAUUUUACAAUUGCGUUAAUGGAAUUCCUCAUGAACUUCCGUGUCCGCCUGGAUUAAUUUAUGACGACGUGCGAAGUACGUGCGCAUGGCCACAUGAGGGUCACAGAAAAGACUGCAGCAAACCAAAGAAAGACGUUCUUGAUGAUGGAUUUAUUUGUCCCGAUGGUCCCGUACCAGGCCCAAAUGGAAGACCAUUACCUCACCCGACGUUUGCACAUCCCGACGACUGUCAAAAGUUUUACAUCUGUAGGAAUGGCAUUCAACCACAAAAAGGAUCUUGCUCGGUCGGUACCGUUUACAAUGAAGAUACUUUCACCUGUGAUGACCCUGACAAUGUACCCGGAUGUGAAAAAUACUACGAAGGAAGAAAGGUUUAAUUACACGUUACACAACGUUUUCUAAUUACUUAAUAUGUGUGUUAGAUUAAUUGUAUUUGAAAAAUAAAGUUCUUUGAUUAUUUA